UCUCUCUCUUUCCUUCACUCACCCUGCCCUCAUCUUCAACCCCUAUCCUCGCGCUCUCUUAUCACCCACCAACUCUAUGAGCCUACCCCGCUACAAGGGCCCGUACGACGUCGGGCUCACUACCCUCGUCCUCCCGGUUCAUCCUACGGCCUCCUAUGGCAAGUGUCGUGUCAGGGGAGAUGAAGCACUCAGGCUAGAGGAGGUCGCAUUCAACGUCUUCUACCCUGCGAGACCCGCAAAUCGCCGCAAGCGAGGAGUUCACUGGCUGGUUCGCCCUUUCUCCCUCACUGUGGAAGGUUACUCAAAGUUCGUUGGCUUUUCGACAUGGAUCCUCGCCCCCCUCUUUUUUCUCCUCGGCGCCUUCGCCAAGAUGCCGGUGUUUGCCAACGCCCCCCUGAGGCAGGAAGAACCUUUCGAAGAAAGUCAGGAGAAGCGUCUCCCCGAUUUUACUAUUGAUGAGAAGAAACAAUGGCCCCUAGUGCUCUUUUCCCAUGGUCUUGCCGGCGGACGGACGACAUAUAGCACUUUCUGUGGAAGACUGGCGAGUAGUGGAUACGUCGUGCUUGCGCUGGAACAUCGGGAUGGCACCGGUCCGAUGGUGUACCCGAAAGACAAGAAUGGAGCUGUGUAUGCGAAACCUUACUCAAGGGUGGACGAGGUGGAAUGCCCCGAUGUUGAUGCGAAGGAUCUCGCGCUCCAUUUCCGUAGGACACAACUCGACUUCCGCAAGCGUGAGGUAUACGAAGCCUACCGUGCUUUCCGUGCUCUCGUGGCUGGUGACAGUGCACACGGCGGCUUGCAGAGUAUCGACGGCUCUCCUGUCGAUUGGGACAUGUUCGUCGGUACAGUUUGCGCCGAAGAGGAUGUCGUACUCAGUGGGCACUCGUUUGGCGGCGCAACUGCCUUCCAUAUCAUGUCCUCCCCGCCACCGGAAGGGUUCAACAAUAUCCCCAUUUCAAGAAGUCUUGUCCUCGACCCAUGGCUUGACCCACUGCCUAGUCCCGGCCCUAAUCCUAGAACGGACGUGCCCAGGCCGAACCUCUGCGUCGUCUUGUCUGAACGCUUCACUCUCUGGAAAGCUCAUUUCGCAAGGACGAGCGAGGUGGUCUCGAACUGGAGGAACGAGAAAGGCACUGAGAGUUGGCUGAUGACCAUUUCUCGCUGUCGGCACGACUCGUUCUCAGAUUUCCCACUUAUAAUCCCCUAUUCACACCCUCGCGGCCGCCUGCUGCACAACGUCAUUCAGCGGAUCUCGCUCGCUUUCCUCACUGAUCGACUAGAGCUCGAGUUCCGCAAAGACGAGCGCUACCCGCUGCACGUCAUCCAGCCCCGUAUUCGCAAGAAGCGCGGCAAAGCACGUCUCAGCGCACCUAAGGGCCGCGUCGUAUGGCACGACUAAUCAUCAUCACCACUAGUACUACCACCUGGAACCACUAUCUUGUCUCAACACCAACUCACCUAGACCAUACGUGUACCAUAUCGUAAUCCUAUCGCCCUGGCAGGGCAGCUAGUCUCUACAUCGGAUACUCGGCACAUAUUGUACAACCACCACACGCGCACAACACCACACACCCACG